GCACCUACGCAGAUGUGGACAUGUCAUACUUCUGCGUCGGAGUGUCUGUGACGCGCUGCAAUACUCCACCUAAACGCUAGUUGGCAGUGUGUUUUUUAUGCUUGUCAGAGCCCCAGUUUCCGGUUUUGCUUCGUAUAAUCCGUCAGUUCCUUUGUUUGUAUUCAGUGAAACAUGGCGACUGACAUCGAGCGUAGUAUUUUGGCGUUGGAGCUGAUAAAUGUUGAGCAGCAGUUGAUCAUACUGAAGCUAUUGAAAAGAAAACAAGAGAGGAGACGUCGGAGGAGAUGGAACGUACGACCGCUUAAUCGGUUUCGGCAGAGCACGGGGGAGUUUUUGGCUCUUGUUCAACCGCUGAGAGACAUGGAUGAGGAAAUGCACUUCCGAUAUUUUCACAUGUCGGCAAGUAGAUUCGACGAUUUGGUUCGUCGUCUGCAGCCCUUUAUCUCACGCCAGAGUACACACAGUAUGCCUGUAGACAUUACUCAGAGACUUGCAGUUACCCUUCGAAUUUUGGCCUCAGGUGGAAGCCAACAGGCUGUAGCUGCUAGCUACAAGCUAGCGUCUAGCACGGUGUCUUCUAUUCUGUCUGAGGUAUGCAAAGCUUUGUGGGAAGCACUGCAGCCAGAGUUCCUUCCCUGCCCUUCUGUUGGACAAUGGGAGACGAUUGCAGCAGAUUUUUGGAGACUGUGGAACUUUCCUAACUGUGUGGGCAGCUUAGAUGGAAAGCAUGUCAACGUAAAGGCACCGCCACAAGCCGGGAGCGACUACUACAACUACAAAGGAGCCCAUUCCAUCGUGCUGAUGGCCACCUGUGACGCCAGGUAUCGAUUUACCAUGGCUGAUGUUGGAGGAUAUGGAAGGGAAAGUGACGGGGGCAUCUUCAAGGAGAGCAAAUUUGGAUCCAUGCUGCUCGAGCACAAACUGAACCUGCCUCCACCAGCUGAUCUCCCUGGAACGGAUGUUCCAAUUCCUCAUGUGAUUGUUGCUGCAUUCCCCCUACACUGCAAUCUCAUGCGUCCCUUUCCAGGGAAAAACAUGACAAUGGAGAAACAGACCUACAACUACCGACACUCCAGAGCCAGACGGGUGAUCGAAAAUUCAUUCGGCAUCAUGGUGGCACGUUGGAGGAUUCUUGGGCGAGCCCUGGAGUUUCUGCCCCAGAAAUCUGUUGAUGUUGUGAAAGCUUGUGUAGUUCUACACAACUACCUGGCCUACACUGAUGAAGUGAACACCCUGGGGAGCAGAUACAUUCCUCCUAAUUUUGCAGACUCUGAGACAGCUGGGUCAACUCAUCCUGGCGAGUGGCGAAGAGUGGUUGCAGGGGACACCAAUCUUUGUGAGCCCCUGGACCCUCGUGUCCUUUCCAGGAGCCGAUCCACCAGAGCAGCCAUCGGUGUGAGAAAUGACCUGAUGGCUUUCUUUCAGUCACCUUGUGGAAGUGUGCCAUGGCAGAAUGACAUUGUGUGCAGAGGCCAACUCUCACAUUAAAUUGUUGGAAUAGUUGCAGCUUGUGUCCUGUUGGCAUUUACAUAUGUACUGUUUUGUUGUGAAAUUGCUUUCAGACUGGUGUUA